GUGCAUUAGUCCUUACGAUCCAUAAGUACGUCUGUUCUUCCCAUUCCUGUUGUCCAUAACUUGCUUCCUUAAAUAAUGGCGUGAUGACUGAUCGAGUAUCCAAGUCAGUUCCUCGCAAAACCCGUGAGCGCAACCUUCUUGCGUCGUUUAUUCUUUCUCACGGUUCUGAUUCCGAUAUGCCAUGUACUUAUUGCUUUCGGAAGAAGAUUCCCUGUCGAAUGGUGGAGGAUUCUUCUCGUUGUUAUGAAUGUGUUAAACGCGGUCGUUCUUGCGAUGGAGUCCUGGUGGCUUCUUCUUUAAUGAGAGUGUUGGAUCAGCAAAAGAAGCUGGAAGCGGAGGAAGAGGCUGCGGGCGAAGCCUUGGAGUCCCUUCAAUCUCAGCUUUCCGAAUUGCAAGUCAAGCUUUCUGAGGCGGUGAGCCGCCUGGCUCGNAUUCGUCGUACGAAGAGUAAGAUGAAGGAGCGGGGUAGUGAGUUGGUUCGUCGUGGAAUGCAGGAGUUGGAUGAAGAAGAUGGUGUAGUGAAUGAUCUUCAGCAUAUGGGGGUUCCUAACGACGUCGAUUGGUCCUCCCUUGGCGUUGGCCUGGAGUUCGCGGACCUUGGUCCGUUAAUCU